AUGCCUAUACCAUGGCUGGGAGGCCCAAUGUCGCUGCACGCAUGGCGCGAGUACAUGUGCAUGCUCGACGACAAGUCUCAGUGCGAGUAUCAACAGGGCUACUGGCGGUUCUGGUCUGAAGCAGACCACAGAUACGCCGUUCCCACGACCGCCUUCUUCACGGCCUGCAUCCUCGUCUUCGCUGUCGGCAACUUCUUCAACAACUUCAUGUCCAGGUCGCUCGCGCAGAACAGGACAGUCCGAAGGAAAACCGCCCUCUACCGCUAUCUCAGCUACAGAUCCUUCCGCAUUCCAGCUUUGAACUGGAACUCCGCACCCCUCGGUGUCCUCGCCCUCGGUGCCAUCGGGACCAUCUACUUCAUGUGCAUGACUCUGGCGCCCAAACCAUUCUACUGGCCCAACACGGACAAAGUCGACUACGGCAGUUCUCCCCCACUCGCGACGCGGUCUGGGUGGUUGUCCCUUGGAUGCAUGCCGUUUGUCUUCGCGACUGCUGGGAAGAGCAACUUCAUCUCCGCCGUGACGGGGGUGAGCCAUGAGAAGCUGCAGGUCUUUCAUAGGUGGAUCUCGUAUGCGUUCUUUAUCACCGCGCUGCUGCAUACGUUCCCGUUUAUCGUGUAUAAUUUCAAGACUGGCACCAUGAAGGAGUCGUGGAAUACCAGUGUGUUCUACUGGACGGGUGUGGUUGCGUUGAUUGCGCAGGGGUGGUUGACGUUUGCUUCGUUUGGGCCGUUUCGGAAAUGGUCCUACGAGUUCUUCAAGUUCAGCCACUUUCUUGCAGCUUUGAUCUUCAUGCUGUUCUUGUUCUUCCACUGCGACUACACGCUGUCAUCGUGGGACUACUUCAUCGCCACCGGCAUCCUCUUCUCCCUCUCCUGGCUCCACCGCCAAACGCGCGUCUACUUCGAACACGGCAUUAACAAGCGAGCAACCAUCAGCUUGUCUACCAACGGCUUCAUUUGCGUCAAAGUUCCCACGCAUUCUACUUGGGCGGUCGGACAGCAUUUCUUCGUCCGCUUCAUGGGUCUCGGCAUGCACGCCUGGACCAUCCAUCCAUUCACCGCAUGCUCCUUGCCCGAGCGAGCGAGCGUGUACGAGCGAACGGAGUCUGAGCUCGUCUUCUACAUUCGUCCUCAAGGCGGCUUUACCGCUCGGCUGGCACGCUGGGCGGAAGCUUAUCCUAACGGGAGCAUGAGAGUGCUCAUUGAUGGGCCAUACGGCGGGUUUGACAUGCGGAAGCUGCAGCAAAGUCGACAGCAGUUGAUCAUCGCUGGAGGCUCUGGUGCGGGAUGGAUCAUCCCGGUGCUUACUGCCUAUCUGCGACAACGCCAGCUUGAGCCCGUUGGAGAGAAGGACGCCGUCUCUACGAGCGCGAGAGUCGUGCUGGCGACCCGCGACCUCGCCACCCGACAAUGGUUCGAAGAAACUUUACACCAACUCCUCUCAACCUUCGACAUGGACACCCUCCCCAAAGACAUCGAAGUAGAACUCUACUACACCGGCUCUUCCGCCAACGCCGAAGCGCCCAAACUUACCGGCCAAUUCCUGCAAAAACUCGAUGAGCCCGAAAAAGCCCUCGACAUCGCCAUCUCCCCCCGGCACGGCUCAGACUCCGACGCCACGUCCAGCUCAAUGGACACGCAGCAGAUUCGACACAUCGACGCUCGACCAGACUUACCCGCGCUCGUGCGAUCGGAGGUUGCGUCGGCGUCGUCGACGGAUCAACUGGGCGUGUUUGUGUGUGGGCCGUUGAGCAUGCAGAAUGAUGUCUCCCAGGCUGUGGCGGCGGAGCAGUUGGGGAUUGUGAGGAGUGGGGGGAAGGAUGUUUAUUUGCAUAUGGAGCAUUUUUCAUGGGCUUAG